GGGUUUGAUUUUCGCAGGUUCUUCCCCGCCCGGAAUUUGCCUGCACUCAGACCGCGCGAUGGAGUCCGAGCCGGGCAGCUGGGCAACCCCGGCACUUGCUUCUCCAGAAUGCACGGUUGCUUCGGGUGACGCUGGACCAGGAGAAAGUCUCCCUCGUGUCCUCAGGGAACAAACCACGGGACCUGUCAGGCAUUUAUCAGCUCGUACUUUUGGCAGUUCGCUAGAUCCGGCCUCGCAGGAAGACGAGAUCUUGUCUCCGUCCCCAGCAGCCAGCAAUCCAGCAGUGACCGGCGAGAAGGCCCGAGAUGUCUGUUUAGAGGGGACCAAAACGGCUCCCGGCGCUGCGCCCCGGGACGCCUCUCCAACCCCAAAGAACCGGGGGACGAGAGAGGACUUAGGGACCACCCCUCUCGGACAUCCCGGCGGCGAUUCUUCAGGCUUUCAGACGGAGUCCGCCACCGGUGAUGAGGUGGGCCAGUCGGACCCGGGCAGCCCGACGGGCGAAGAGAGGCCCGCCUGCCCUGGGGAGUGCCCGCGGCCAGCUUCUCUGGCCACCCAGGCGGGGGAGGCUCCGGCCCACCAGCACGCCUCCAGAAACUCUCUGGAAGAUGGACUGCAGGCCCCCGGCCCUCUGGACGGCAGUGGGGACGCAGGCUUGGGCUACGGGCCCGGGACCUCCCUUCCAAACAGGGAGAACGGGAUUGCGGGAGACCUGGCCGAUCAGGACCUGGACCAGGAUAGCCCGUCCCUGAAACUGUCUCAGAACAUUGCCGUGCAGACGGACUUCAGGACUGCCGACUUGGAGGUGAACACCGAUCAGGAUAUUGAAAAGAAUUUGGAUAAGAUGAUGUCGGAGAGGACGCUGCUGAAAGAACGCUACCAGGAGGUGCUGGACAAGCAGAGGCAGGUGGAGAAUCAGCUCCAGGUGCAGCUGCAUCAGCUCCAGCAGAGGAGACAAGAGGAGAUGAAGAACCACCAGGAGAUCUUAAAGGCCAUCCAGGAUGUGACCCUCAAGCGGGAAGAAACAAAGAAGAAGAUGGAGAAGGAGAAGAAGGAGUUUCUGCAGAAGGAGCAGGACUUGAAAGCAGAGAUCGAGAAACUCUGCGAGAAAGGCAGAAGGUUACUGGAAAAGCAGAAGGAGAAGGAGAAUAAAAUUGAUUCUCUAAUCGCAGAGCAGGCUGAGGAAAAGGAGGUGUGGGAAAUGGAACUGGACAAGCUCAAGAACCAAGACAGCGAGAUAAACCGGAACAUCUUGGAGGAGACGGAGCGGGCCUGGAAGGCAGAGAUUUUGUCCCUGGAAAGUCGGAAGGAGCUGCUAGUCCUGAAGCUGGAAGAGGCGGAAAAAGAAGCGGAGCUACACCUCACCUAUUUCAAGUCAAUGGCCCCCACACCGGAGACCGUCCGAUCGAAGCAGGAGUGGGAGACGAGGCUGACCGGAGUCCGGGUGAUGAAGGAGAACGUCCAGGAUCAGUUCAACAAACACAUCCAACUGGUAAGGAACGGGGCCAAGCUGAGCAGCCUUCCACAGAUCCCCACCCCCACGCUCCCCCCGCCCCCGUCGGAGACAGACUUCAUGCUUCAGGUGUUUCAGCCCACCCCUUCCCUGGUUCCCCGGAUGCCCUUCUCCAUCGGGCAGGUCCCUACGGCCAUGGUCAUGCCCAGCGCGGACCCCCGCGCCCUCUCCUUCCCCAUCCUGAACCCUGCCCUCUCCCAGCCCAGCCAGCCCUCCCCGCCUCUGCCCGGCUCCCAAGGGAGGAACAGCCCCGGCCUGGUUUCUCUGGUCGGGGCCCACGGCCCCCACGCGGCCCCCGCCUCCUCCAUCCCGCCGCCCCCGGGGCUGGGCGGCCUCAAGACCCCCGCGGAGCCCCGCCGGCCCCAGCCAGUGGACAAGCUGGAGAAGAUCCUGGAGAGGCUGCUGGCCCGCUUCCCGCAGUGUAACAAGGCCCAGCUGACCAACAUCCUCCAGCAGAUCAAGACAGCCCGUACCACCUUGGCAGGCCUGACCAUGGAGGAGCUCGCUCAGCUGGUGGGUGCCCGCCUGGCAGAGCAGGAGCGGGCGGCAGCGGGCGCUCAGCCCCUUGGCAGGAUCAGAGCCCCGCUGUUCUCUCCUUCCCUGGCCCAGAUCAGUUCUCCCAUGUUCCUGCCCUCUGCCCAGAUGUCAUAUCCCGGGAGGACUUCACACGCCCCACCAGCCUGCAAGCUGUGUCUCAUGUGCCAGAAGCUUGUCCAGCCCAGCGAGGUCCACCCUAUGGCAUGUGCCCACGUGCUGCACAAGGAGUGCAUCAAAUUCUGGGCGCAGAACACCACCAACGACAGCUGUCCCUUCUGCCCGACUCUCAAGUGACGGCCGGGCCGGGCGGGCAGGAGUGGGUGGGGGCGAGAUUUCUAGAGCUCUCUAUAUUUAUACGGCGGCGCGUGCUCCCCUGCCAUGUACAUUUUUACCCUCUAGGCGACGUGUGUAUAGGAAGCAGAUUAGGUCCCAAUAAAAUGUGUAUAUUAUGCAGAAA